UUUCUUUCUUGCCGCUAAUCACUUCCCCACGCGCUCAUCAUCACGCGCCCAAUAACAAACCAACGUGGGAAACAACAACAAGUCCUCGAAUCAGUCCUCUGCUACUUCUCUUCUCUCUCACGUUGCCACUCCAUCAAGAAUUCUCUCUCUCCCUCUCUCUCUCUCUUUCCAUGUUCAUUCAUUCAUUGUGCUCCCACUGAUAUUAUUACGAACGGUUGAGAGCCUUAAACAACUCACAUCUGAUUUUCAUGUAUAUCGGAUAACGUUGGACGGUUUAUUGGUGAUUUACAGGACGUAAAACCACUUGUAUUACCAAGAUGUCGAAAUUUGAGGGUGUUAUUGUAUCUGAUCAAUGGCUUCAAAGCCAGUUUACACAGGUUGAACUUCGUAGCCUCAAAUCAAAAUUUGUGUCUUUUAAAAAUCAGAAUGGGAAGGUUACAUUUGGAGAUUUAUCAUCUUUGAUGAUGAAGCUAAAGGCAUUUGUAGAAAUGUAUAAUGAAGAUGAGAUUAGGGGGAUCUUGAAUGAAUCUGGCAAUGAUUUUGCCAAUGAUGUUGGUUUUGAAGACUUCUUGAAGGCAUAUUUGAAUUUGAGAAGCGAAGUUACAACGAAACAAGGUGGAAAGAAGCAUUCCUCAUCAUUCCUUAAGGACACAAUUACUACCCUUCUUCACACGAUCAGCCAAUCAGAAAAAGCAUGUUAUGUUGCUCAUAUAAACAGCUACCUCGGCGAUGAUCCAUUUUUGAGUCAAUAUCUUCCUUUGGAUCCGGCUACAAAUGAUCUAUUUGAUCUUUCAAAAGAUGGCAUUCUUCUGUGUAAGCUUAUUAAUGUUGCUGUGCCUGGGACUAUAGACGAGCGAGCCAUCAAUACGAAACGAAAUCUUACUCUUUGGGAGAGAAAUGAGAACCAUACUCUAUGCCUCAAUUCAGCUAAGGCUAUCGGCUGCACAGUGGUAAACAUUGGAACACAGGACUUAGUUGAAGGAAGACCUCAUCUUGUUCUAGGAUUGAUUUCCCAAAUCAUAAAGAUCCAACUUCUGGCGGAUCUCAGCCUUAAAAAGACGCCUCAACUUGUGGAGUUGGUUGAUGAUAGCCAAGACAUUGAAGAGCUUCUUAAUUUGUCUCCUGAAAAGGUUCUAUUAAAAUGGAUGAAUUUUCAUCUCCAGAGGGGAGGUUACGAGAAAACUGUCAAGAAUUUUUCUUCUGAUUUGAAGAGUGGAGAGGCUUAUGCGUAUCUUCUUAAUGUCCUUGCUCCCGAACAUUGCAAUCCAUCCACCUUAGAUACUAAAGAUGCCAAUGAUAGAGCAAAUCUUGUGCUUGAGCAUGCCGAGAAAGUGGGCUGCAAAAGAUACCUAAACUCGAGAGAUAUUACCGAGGGUACCUCAAAUCUUAAUCUUGCAUUUGUCGCACAAUUAUUUCAUCACAGGAGUGGCCUAUCGACAGAUACUAAAAAGAUGUCGUAUGCUGAGAUGAUGACAGAAGAUGUGCAAACAUGUAGAGAAGAGAGAUGCUUCAGGAUGUGGAUCAAUAGUCUUGGAAUUUCUACUCGUGUAAAUAAUCUAUUUGAGGAUGUUCGAAACGGGUGGAUACUUCUAGAAGUUCUAGACAAGAUUUUUCCAGGAUCGGUUAACUGGAAACAGGCAACAAGACCCCCAAUAAGAAUGCCAUUCAGAAAAGUCGAGAACUGCAAUCAGGUCAUAAAAGUCAGUAAACAACUGAAGUUCUCUCUAGUCAAUGUAGCUGGCAAUGACAUUGUGCAAGGAAAUAAGAAGCUAAUUCUUGCUUUAUUGUGGCAGUUGAUGAGAUUCACAAUGCUUCAACUGUUGAAAAAUUUGCGAUCUCAUUCCCAAGGAAAGGAGAUCAGUGAUACUGAUAUCUUGAAAUGGGCAAACAGAAAAGUGAAUAGCAUUGGCAGAACAUCUCACAUUCAGAGUUUCAAGGAUAAGAGCAUAUCAAGUGGACUCUUUUUCCUUGAACUUCUGAGUGCUGUAGAGCCAAGGGUUGUCAAUUGGAACCUAGUCACCAAGGGUGAAAGUGAUGAUGAAAAGAAGUUGAAUGCCACAUACAUAAUCAGUGUCGCUCGAAAGCUUGGUUGUUCCAUAUAUUUGUUACCCGAGGAUAUCAUGGAGGUUAAUCAGAAGAUGAUUCUGACUCUAGCAGCUAGUAUAAUGUACUGGAGUCUCCAACAACAGACCGAAGAUACAGAUUCAUUUCCUUCCCCUGUCAGCACUAUCACUAACGUAACACCUGAUGCUUCCCCUGCACCUUCUGUUUGCGGUGACGAUGAAGCAUAUUCCUCCCUUAAUGGUGAUUUCUCCAACUUGAGUGUUGAUGACACCACUUCCGAUACAACAGUCUCUUCACAACUCGAGUUUGAUGGCGGAGUUGUCGAAGAUGAGUUAUUUUGAGUUCAGUUUGCAAGACUUUCAUUUACAACAUGCAUGAUACAACAGUCUCUUCACAACUCGAGUUUGAUGGCGGAGUUGUCGAAGAUGAGCUAUUUUGAGUCCACUUUGCAAGACUUUUAUUUCACAACAUGCAUUGUUUUUGUUAGAACCGGAAUGGAUAUAUAAUAGCAAAGGUUGAGACAAACCUCAAACUACAUGGUAAAGAUGUUACAUGUCUAAUGUACAAACAUAUAGAAUAGAAUAGAUGUGAAUAGUAUUAUAGUAUGUACACAAAUUUAUUGUUCUUUGGAGAGAGGACUGAUAAAUGGGAAUUAGUAGAGGUACCCAAUGAGUUGCUAUCA